UCACCGAGCUGGUUCCUCCCGAGAAGUGGAGCAGAUUAUCAACGGCGGGAUUCAAGUUUGGACCUCACCAAGUCCAAAACGACCUUCCCCUUCCAAAAAAAGGAUCAUCUUACAUCUUAAAGCAUCUUCACAGACUCGCAUAGCGAAUGUGUGAUGUGGAGCCAGUACAGUAAGAGAGUCUGUGAACAGGUGAGAGAGGGACACUGUCUGCCCCACUGUCCAGCGACACAAUGAGCUGGAGCUUCCUCACGCGGCUGCUGGAGGAGAUCCACAACCACUCCACCUUCGUGGGGAAGCUGUGGCUCACCGUGCUCAUCGUCUUCCGCAUUGUUCUCACUGCUGUUGGGGGAGAGUCCAUCUACUACGACGAACAGAGCAAGUUUGUCUGCAACUCGGGCCAGCCGGGCUGCGAGAAUGUUUGCUAUGACGCCUUCGCCCCUCUAUCUCAUGUCCGCUUCUGGGUCUUCCAGAUUAUCUUGGUGGCGAUGCCUUCUCUCAUGUACAUGGGCUAUGCUGUCAACAAGAUUGCACGGUUAGAUGAAGCCAAAGGAGGAGGUGGUUCUGCUGCAGUUAGAACAGGAGGAGGGAGCUACACGCACAGGAAGCCCAGGAAAAUUUGCUUUGGAGCACGGCAGCACCGGGGCAUCGAGGAGACCGAGGAGGACCAAGAGGAUGAUCCCAUGAUCUAUGAGGUGCCAGAGAUUGAGCCCCCCAAAAGGCCACGGGAUCCACUGCAGCCUGCACCCAAACCCAAAAUCCGGCAUGAUGGGCGCAAGCGUAUAAGAGAUGAGGGCCUGAUGCGGGUCUAUGUUUUGCAACUGGUGACUCGUACACUGCUAGAAGCAGGCUUCCUUGCAGGCCAGUAUUUUCUGUAUGGGUUCCGUGUGAUGCCUGUGUUUGUGUGCUCGGGAAAACCAUGUCCCCACAGCGUUGACUGCUUUGUGUCGCGGCCCACAGAGAAGACCAUCUUCCUGCGCAUCAUGUAUGGUGUCACUGUCCUUUGCCUCACGCUUAACGUUUGGGAGAUGCUCCAUUUGGGGAUUGGUACCAUCUGUGACAUUCUUCGCCGUCGGCGCUGCCCACCUCAGGAGGAUGAGUACCAGUUGGGAUUACUGGGCACCAAUGGAGGAGUGGAGGGCUCAGUAGGGGGGACAGGGCCAGAGGCAGGCUCUGAGGGAGGGGUGGGUGGAGAUGGGGCUGCGGAUUACGUGGGUUACCCCUUCUCCUGGAACACCCCAUCAGCUCCACCUGGCUACAACAUUGUGGUAAAGCCAGAGCAGAUGCCCUACACGGACCUUAGCAACGCUAAAAUGGCAUGCAAGCAGAACCGGGCCAACAUUGCCCAAGAGGAGCAGCAGCAAUUUGGUAGCAAUGAGGAUAACUUUCCUACUGGAGGGGAGGCCCGCGUAGCUUUGAACAAAGACAUGAUUCAGCAAGCUCAUGAGCAACUGGAGGCGGCCAUCCAGGCUUACAGUCAGCAGCACCGGGCAGAGGGGCAGCUUGGGGACAACCAGGACGACAAGCCCCAAAGUAACAUCAUCCAGGCCCAACCUCAACCACAGCCUCAGCUUCAGAAAGAGCGCAAGCAUAGAUUCAAGCAUGGGAAAGGAGGCAGCAGUGGAGGAGGCAGCAGCAGCAACAGCAGCAGCAGCAAAUCAGGAGAGGGCAAGCCCUCUGUAUGGAUUUAACCCCAGAAACAGUGGCAUGUAUUGAAACAAUGUACAGUAUAUAUUAGAGACUGGAUGACGAGUUGUUGCAAUUUUCCUUGGAUAUUUAAACACCACUGUGCCUUAAAAGAAUCCUGCAAGCUGGAGAAGAUGUGUGUUUGUGUACUAAGGUGUGUCAACAAAUGUGAUGUUGCAGCUGACAAUUUGUUUUGUCUGGGCUAUCAUUGUUUAACUUGAAACAUCACACCAACACAAACUGUAGGCCACAGUCUGUCGUUUACAUGUCUCGUUCUCCUCAAGCCCUGAAGCAGAUUAUUGACCUCUGUUGUCUUCCCGUUCAUCCUUUCUAAGGGAUUUAAACUUGAUAAUGAGUUCUGUUGCAAAUCAGAUUGAUCCCAGAUUUGGCUUAGCUCAUUUUCUGGCCGCUCCUCUACAAAGACAACGUCUCCGUUAUACAUUGCCAUCCUAAUUCUUUGGACAUCAAAAUGUAUUUAUGUAUCAUCAUAAUACAAAGGCAAAGGGAUGUCAUGUCAUCACUAUGUUCUGGCAAGCCAAAGCUAUGAAUCCAUAAUGUAAUGAUGUUAUCAAGGAACUUCAUAACACUAAAAAUGCAAUAAAAUGAAACUAUAAUUGAGUGGCAACGCCUAAAGCAGUGACUUUAUAAUGCAGUGAGAACAUCACCUUCCUGAAGGCUGUGUCCUGUCAGUCAUGUUCUGUGUGUGUUCUGCUUUAUCUCCAGUGUCAAUCACAGUGUUACGUUUCUGUGACUUUGCUUUUGACGUGUGGUUGUAUGUUUCCUGUGGGUUUUUUGAUAGAUGUGCUACACCAGCUGCUGCUCAAAAACCGAAAAGUACAGCAGGUGGCUUUUUUUAACCAGUCUACAUCUGAAAUUUCCUGAGAAAAAAAGUUAUUUUCAACAAGGUGCAUAAACCAUCCAGUUUGUAUACCUUAUUCCUCAACAUCUCAGUUUCUUUCUCUGGCUCUUCAUGGCUAUUUAACAAGGCUGCACAACACUCCACUGCUGUCCCAUCUGCCUUGUAGUUGACUGCCCCCUGGUGGUAUCUUCUACAGGGCUUCCUUUAUUGGGGAGCAGAUACCAGUUGCCAAUGCUACCUGCAUCCAGCAACACCUUAACCAGCUGUAGUGUUCCUUUUCUAGUGACAAGCCUUGUGUCAGUUAAGUCUUCUCAGCACUACAAGUUCAGUGUUAGAUGCACAAGGCUGCAAUAUCACCAAGUUGUAAUGGAAAAAGGUUUAAAGCCAUUACUAAAUAGUGAGACCAAACACUGUUUGUGUGAUGCAAGUGUCAGUGCCAAGAUUUUAUGCUAGGCUGCCAUGAAGCCUGGUUGUUUGUAGCUUUGGAAUACUGUGGCCAUGCUACUCCAAUUGUGGAAUAAUGCCUAUGUAAGACCAACCCUUUUCUAAAAGUCAAUUGUUUUUUUGUAUUACAGUAUGUGUAUUGCUUUUCAGAAUGGGAUUUAAAGAGCAAACUUGAUUUUUAUGU